AUGGAGGGCGGCGAAACCCCCGGCGAGCCGGGCACGGGGCCUGGCGGGCGCUUCCCGGUGGCGGCGGUGGAUGAGAUCCUGAGGGAGGAGGUGGAGAGCGCCAUGAGGGAGCGGCGCUACGAGCCGGGGCCGUGCCGGCAGGCGGCCAGGGACAUCGCUGAGGCUGUUAAGGCACGGGUCAAAGCGCUGGCAGUGCCCAGGUACAAGGUCGUGGUGGUGGCACACGUUGGGCAGCUGGGUGAGCAGAGCCUGCAGGUGGGCAGCAGGUGCCUCUGGGAUCCUGAGAGUGACACAUUCUCCUCCUACGUGUUCACAAACACCUCGCUGUUUGCUGUGGCAAAUGUCUACGGUGUGUAUUUUGAAUAG